ACAGUAAAUCUGGACCCUGCAGUGCUCAUAGGAGGCAAACCCCCAGCCUUCAAUGACGACGAUAGGACUAAACUUCCAGCUGCUUGGGGUGGCCGGACAAGUGAGCGGGGGUCAGCUUGAAAGGUAGAUGGUGGGAAAAUUCUAAAAAUCCUGCUUUAGCAGCUGGUCCGAAGCGAGGAGACAAGAAGGAAAAAGGUGCCGGAGAACAAAAAAAAAGGAGCAGAGAGAAGUGACUGGAAUGAUAAAAUGAGAAGCAGAUAUGGGUUGCUGAAGCUUUUUAUAAAUGAGGCCCUACUGGAACUUGUGCUUUUGUCUUGUCUGCUGUUUGGGAGCCUGGCUGUUUGCCCCUCCGACUGCUCCUGCAGCCGCAGCCACCGAGAGGUAGACUGCUCCUGGAAGGGUCUCAGACAGCUGCCUGAUGGCCUGCAGUACAACAUUCGCUCCCUCGUCCUGUCCCACAACAGAUUUCAUAGCCUGGAUGGGAAGCUCCAGCAGUACACCCAUCUCCGCUCACUCGAUUUGUCUCACAACAGGCUGAGCCGCCUGCCAAAGACCUUACCUCGCUCCCUCUGGCAGCUCUCAGCUUCGUUCAACCAUAUCAAGUUGCUGGACAAGAAUGAUACCGUGUACCACUGGAAUCUGCAAACACUUGACCUCUCCAACAACAAGCUGGAGAGGGCCAUCUUCAUCAACAACACACUCAUCAAUCUGCUCACACUGAACCUCAGCCACAACCACUUUUGGACGUUGCCAACGAACUUACCACACCACCUUGAGACCAUCGACCUGUCCCACAAUCUACUGGUCAAGGUUCUGCCGGGAUCUCUGGACCGGCUCCCGAGGCUGACUCACUUCUACCUGCAUGCUAACCGCUUUUCCUCGCUGCCCUCUGGAGUUUUGGACAACAUGGUGUCGCUGAGGAUCAUUACUCUGAGCAGCAACCCUUGGGCCUGCCACCUGAAUGAGGACAUGGCCUAUCUGCUGUCCUGGGCUCAGCAGACCUCUGUGCUUGUGCUUGGCUGCCCCUGCCACACCCAGCCUGUCUGUGGAGGACUUCGCCCCAGCAGGUCUGGAGGAUGGCACUUCGCCUCCUACACCUCUCCUCCUCUGGCUGCUAAAACCCCAGAUCUGAGCUCUGUCCCCCCCGAAGCAAGAGUGACCUGGUGGUGGCAGUUGUUGGCUCAGCUAAGCACGCCUCACACCCCUAAAGACACCUCCAACCUUCCUCCAAGCUCUACUUUCACCACAGACACUCAUCUGGCAAUUAAUCACCUUCCCGCCACUGCCAGCCCUGCGAACAUAGAUCACCUCCUUUCUGGCAAAAAGGAAACUUCUCCAUCUUACUCCCUCCACACAACAGACUCGCUCUAUUUCUCUGACAAAAGUCUCAUUACUGAAAAAUCAAAGGAGAAUGAGAUGGCCACGGAUCGAUUCUUUACAACAGAGAUCCCCUCCGUCCAGACCAAGAAAACAACCACUCUUCGCACCAGGAGUGUGAGGAGGCAGAAUCAGUCGAGACCCGGAGGCAGCAGCAGCGGUUGCGCUGCGUCCGCUUCCUCCUCCAUGCUGCUGUUCCUUCACAACAUGGGGCUUCUGUCUGUCUUCGCCUUCAGAGUCCUUUGAAAGCCAAACGAAAAACAUCCGAGAAAUGAAAGCACAAAAAAGGAAAACCCACAAAAGAGCACUGACACUUGAACAACUGUUGUUUCUUGAAAAAGCUUGGAUAGGAGGGUAAACCAGGAGUUUAUAAACUGUUUGAUACUUUCAAUUGUGUUGAUUCUGGUACCUUUUUUGAUAACAGUCUGUAAAUAAUGUAAAAGAUUCCAUAAACACAGAUGUACUUAAGAUUAUUUUACAAAAAACAAACAAACAUGCUUUUUGGUAAAUUGAGAACUUACUGUAUUUUCCGCACUAUAGGGCACCUGAUUAUGUACCACAAUUAAUUGACUUUUUUCAAACUUACAUCAUUUAAGGUGGACCAAACCACAAGGUGCAUUAGGCUAGAUGAAAGAGUCAGAGAUAAGUCCACCAGUCAGUCAGACUUUAUCAACUACGUUUACACUAAAUCUGGAACGUGUUUGUAACACGCUACACGUUGGCUGCAUUAGCAUAUACACAAUACCUGUAACUCCCAACUUGUUUUUUUUUUAAACUGAUUGAUAGCCUAUUGCUAAAACAAACAUUAAUGUGAAUAUACAAACACCUAAUUUUGUUGGUAACAUUUAAAAACAAACCAUCCGACGCUGCCAUGUGUUAGCCGCAUUUACAUAUUUACCAUACAAACUUGUUUGAGACACAAUAAAAAAACAAAACUACCAUUAAAACAAACAUUUCUGUGACUACAAUAACUCCCAACUCUGUAGGCAAGACGUGAAAAAACCACAGUCCAACAUUGUUUCAGUGGAUUCACAUUAACUCCCAACCAAACAUCUUGACAGAGUGUUGUUUACCCCUCAAAAUCCCUUAACCCUUGUGCUGUCCUAUGACCCCACCCUUACAUUGACGUGUUCUCCCUACCAUGACAAAGGUGGAAAAAGGUGGAAAGAUUUCAUGUAAUCCAUGGACACCAGCGAAGAUCACAAAUCACUGAAGAUAAAAGGUUUGGCGCACUGUAUUGUGGGGUCUAGAUGACCCAACUCCCAAUGGUAAAGUGCCUAGGAUAGCACAAGGGUAUCAGUAAGCACAAUGUAUCCAUAAGCUGCUCUGGAUUAUAAGGCACACUGUUGUUGUUGUUUUUUUAAAUUAAGGUUGUUAGGUGCUCAUUAUAGUGCGGAAAAAACAGUGAGUGUUGGUCUGUUGAGACAGACCUGGCUUCUAUUUUUUGUCAUUAGGGUGUAAAUUCUUCGUGCUGCUUGCAGUUUCACUUACUCUAUCAUGGAGUGGUGAAAUCCUUCUCAUCUCUACUUCCUUCUGAGAUGCUCUUUUUUGCCUACAUGCAAUACAGGGUGGAAACUUUCAUCAUUUAUUAUUAAGAAAAGCAUAGGAAAAUCUCAUCUUUUUUUAACUUCUGCUUCAAAACUGGGCUUUGAAUGUCACUGGCUGGACAAAAUCAAGAAAUUGUAAUGAAUGCAGCUAAGCACAUGAUGGCACUGUGCAUUCAGCUAAGAGUUUGUUAUGUAAGACGAUGCUUGGUGUUCACCUACAGCUAAAUGCUUUGGGGCAAGGUGCAUUUAUUUUUACACUUUUGCUACAGAAAACAUUGUGUGACUUAAAAAAAAUCGGGGGGAAAAUUCCCUUUAACAGAUUUUUUUAACGGUUUGAUUUUACAGGAAACAGCACAGACUCAGUGGAGUAGAGGGCAGACAAACAGACUGUGUUGUAUCCCUAAAUCUAACAAGUAGUGCUUCUGCAUUUUGAUCACAUCUCAGACUUAAGUGUCCUUCAUGAUUCAGCAACGCUUGUGAAACUGAUCUGCAUGGUGACUGGCAUCAGAGGAAUGCUAACUGGCUGGAAAUUUGCUGCAGAAAAUUGAAGCACAGCAAUUUGGGGGCUUUUUGUAAGCAAAAUGUCAAGAUAUUUAAACUGUGAUUCAAUAAAGAGCAUUGUUUCCCUGGCCUGCAA